AUGUGGGACUCCAGGUCAAACCAGAACACUAUCCAAUUGUUGGGAACUUGUCUUCUCAACACCAUGGAAAAUAUGUUGGGAGAAUUAGCGACACCUGAAUUUCUUCAAGCAUGGGCAACUGCCUAUGGAAACUUGGCUCGGUUGUUGAUCAACGCCGAGGAUACUUGUUACCAGAAACAACCUUGGAACGGGUUCAAGGAAUUCACCAUUGAAAAAAUACAAAAUGAAGCAAGCGAUGUGAAAUCAGUCUAUUUUUCACCAACCGAUAAAAGUGCAAUUGCAACUCCUCAGAGAGGUCAGUAUGUCUGUAUUCGUUGGAAACUUCCAGGGCUGGAGUUUGAAAAGAGUAGAGAGUAUUCUCUUUCUGAAUUUCCAACAGAAAACCAUUAUCGAAUUUCCGUCCGCAAGCUUGAAGGUGGACAGAUUUCCAGCCAUAUUCAUGAACAACUUAAAGUCGGUGACAAAAUCAGAGUAGCUUCACCAGGUGGUAGCUUUACUUAUCAUGAAAAUGACCCAAGUGUGGAAAUGUUGGUUUACGUUGGAGGCAUUGGAAUUACACCACUUGUCAGUAUUAUUGAGCAAGCUCUUUCCAAGGGUCGCAAAGUGAAAAUGUACAAUUCAAAUAGGUCUGAGAGUCAUCGUCCGUUUGGAGAAUGGCUCUCUCAAUUGGCUGCAAAAUACCCAAAUUUUACGGUUACUGAUUUUUACUCAGAUGCUGAAAAUUCCAAUCGUCUUCAAAGCAGUGACUUUGAUUUCAUCGUACCAAACCAAAAAUACGAUGUCUACCUUCUCGGACCAAGCGGCUACAUGCAUUUUGUCAAUGACGAACUCGCAAAAAGAGGAAGUGUAAAUUUCAACAUCUACUCAGAAACCUUCGGGCCAACCGAAGUAUGA